AUGAAGAGCUGGCUCCGGACACUGGGCCUGACGGCCCUGUUGGCAGGCUCAGCACUUGCCAAUGAUGUCGAACUGAAAUCCGAUGAAGCGCACCGACAACGUUGCUCAGGGAUGUACAGCCGCAAGGCUUGGGGAGGAAAUGUCGACCCCUUCAUCUUAGUCAAGUUCUCCAAGUCAGCCGCAACACAGGGUGAUCCACUAGCCAGCUUGGUUAUCUUCGAAUGGCAGGACGAGGAAUUGAUUGGCCAGUACCAGACCGCUGAGGGAAAUCAUGAGAAUGAGCUCAAGGAAACUAUCUGCGACCAGAACAAUGUCGAUCUCAAACUUUGCACGGCAGACCAGAUCGGUUCUUUCCUUUUGACUGCUAACGCGAGUGAUGUCUCUUCGAACCCCAUUGUCUCCACCGCUGUCCACUUGAACGAUCCGGAUGCAAUUAAGUACACCGUACGGAAGACCGGCUUCUACUGCGUCAGCACAUAUGCAUACUCGGACGAACCCUACACAGCAGUGGUGACCUUCCGCAACUCAUAUGGCGAACUUCCCGCUGCGCAAAUUGCGAAGCUUCCGUUUUACGGUGCUUUGACGAUUGUGUACGCCGUCGUCGGCGUUUUCUGGGCCUUCCUCUAUGUUCAAAACCGCCACGACAUUCUACCCGUUCAGAACUAUAUCACAGCCAUUGUGGUAUUCUUGAUCGUCGAACAGUUGAUGACCUGGGGUUUCUAUAAUUUCCAAAACAUCCACGGAUUAAAUGCCGGAGCUAAGGCAUUGAUGAUUAUUGUUGCGGUUCUCAACGCUGGCCGAAAUGCCUUCUCGUUCUUCCUCUUGCUCAUCGUUUGCAUGGGCUACGGUGUUGUGAAGCCUUCUCUCGGUCGCACGAUGAUCUAUGUUCGCAUUCUGGCAAUUGCACACUUCGUCUUCGCGGUCAUCUACUCGGUGGCCAGUCUUUCCAUUACACCCGACAGCGCUGGACCCCUGGUGCUCCUGAUCGUUCUUCCUCUUGCUGGAACCUUGACUGCCUUCUAUGUCUGGACUUUGAACAGUCUCAAUGCCACCAUGAAGGAUCUCAUUGACCGCAAGCAGAAGACUAAGGCGCUGAUGUACAAGAAACUCUGGUGGUGUAUCCUUACCAGUAUCAUUGUUAUUUUCGGUUUCUUUUUCAUCAACUCUUUCGCCUUUGCUGGCCGCAGCGAUGCCGACUUUGUUCCUCAGCACUGGAAGGCGCGGUGGUUUGUGUUGGAUGGCUGGCUCAACCUGGUCUACUUGUUUGACAUCUGCUUCGUGGCCUACCUGUGGCGACCCACAGCCAACAACCGGCGCUUCGCCAUGAGUGACGAGCUUGCUCAAGAUGACGAUGGCUUUGAGAUCCGAUCCUUCGGCAGUGGGCUCGAUGAGGAGGAUCCUUUGGAUGCUCCUCCCGAGUACCCUGGCAGCUCUACCGCCGAGGGUCGCCGUGAUCUCUCCCCCGUGCCGCCCAAGCCUGUCUCCUCUGCGCAGCGCGCAUCUCUCGAUGAAGAGACCAUCUUCGCGGUGGGUGACGAGGACAAGUGGUCUGAUGAUGACGAGUCCCCUCGCAACUCAGGCGAGCACCAAAGACUCACCCACUAG